AUGAUUUUCAGAAGAGCAUUUUCACAAGUCUCAAGAGGAGCUUUCGCCAAAACCUCAUCCACCAGAUCUACCAUGAAACAAAUUCCCAAUGUUGGAACCAAAACUACUGAAAAAGUUGCACAACAACAACAACCAGAAAAAACCGGUUCGUUUAGAUCUUUCGCUGAGUACAGGCUUAGGGUGAGCAACCAAUCUCCAUUGGCAGUCAGAUCCAAAGAUUUUAAUGCUAACUUGAGACUUCACUAA